CUUCCGUCGGUCGGUCCUUCCUUCCUGCUUCGCCUCCGCGCCUCGCGCUAUGGGACAGAGCCCCCGAUCCGCCAGCACCACCUGAGGAUCCGGAAACCGCCCCAGCGAUGGAAGAGGAUCAGGAGCUGGAGAGAAAAAUAUCUGGAUUGAAGACCUCAAUGGCUGAAGGCGAGAGGAAGACAGCCCUGGAAAUGGUCCAGGCAGCUGGAACAGAUAGACACUGUGUGACAUUUGUAUUGCACGAGGAAGACCAUACCCUAGGAAAUUCUCUACGUUACAUGAUCAUGAAGAACCCGGAAGUGGAAUUUUGUGGUUACACUACGACCCAUCCUUCAGAGAGCAAAAUUAAUUUACGCAUUCAGACUCGAGGUACCCUUCCAGCUGUUGAGCCAUUUCAGAGAGGCCUGAAUGAGCUCAUGAAUGUCUGCCAACAUGUGCUUGACAAGUUUGAGGCCAGCAUAAAGGACUAUAAGGAUCAAAAAGCAAGCAGAAAUGAAUCCACAUUCUAGUCCCUUAUGCAGUAUACAAGGAGAACUGUCCUGUAGGAUAUUCUCUUCCUGAUGGUGCAGAACCCAGAAUUAGAAGUUUGUGGUUACAGCAUACUCUGUCCUUCAGAAAGGCCUGAUUCUAGCUGUUGACCCCUUGCAGCUGUUGGAAUCUCUGCAAGAACCUCUGUAUUCUUCUAAUAAAUUCCCUCUUAUUUAAACUA